AAACAGCCGAACGGUUCCGGAAACCUCGGGUACAUGGGAUCAGGCCACCCGGAAGUGAGACUCGGGUGGGCGCAAACUGAUGGCGUAACUACUUGUUACCUGGGUCUAACCAAGUGCGGCGGGGGGAGUCGGGCUGCAGCCCCUGUGUCUCGCUAUGAUUGAGGUGGUGGCCAAGUUGGUGCGGGGCCCCGUGUUCCUGGCCGGGGAGCUUCUGGAAUGUGUCGUUACCUUCACUAACCCCCUCUCGGCCCAGUCCACCUCUGCCAGCAGUGAGACCCUGGCAUGGGCUAGUGCUCAGAUUCAUUGCCAGUUCCAUGCCAGUGAGAGCCGCGUACACCUCCCGGCGAAUGAGGAGCCCAGACAGGACGUGCAGGCAGAGAAUGAGACCGUAUUUGUCCCAAAUCGAGGUGAGCGGGGUCAGUGCAUCCUCUCAACACCCCCCAAAAUCUUGUUUUGUGACCUGCGUUUGGACCCUGGAGAGAAAAAAUCCUACUCCUACUGUGAGAGUUUGCCCCUUGCCGCUCCUCCUUCAUUCCGUGGCCAGUCUGUGAAAUACGUCUACAAACUGACUAUUGGCUGCCAAAGGGUUAACUGCCCCAUCCAGCUCCUGCGGGUGCCGUUCCGGGUGCUCCUGCUGCACGCACUGCAGAGCUUUCAGCCCAUACAGGAGCAUGAGGUUGCCCCCUCCAACCCUUUCUUGGAUGAGGAGGAGGGUGGGAAGAAGGACUCGAGGAUCCUGGACUCGGCUGUGGAGAUUCUCAUGGCGCUGACAUCACAUAGGACAUUGCACCAGUUUAAUAUCAGCAAUAGCCAGGGCCGCGUGGGCACGUUCUGCAUCUUUAAGACUGUCUAUAAAAUUGGAGAAGAUGUGAUUGGCACAUUCAGUUUCUCUGACGGUGACAUUCCCUGUCUGCAGUACUCAGUGUUGCUGCAGACAGAAGAGAGUGUGCAGGAGGAGUACAGGAGAUCUCGGGCUCAGCCGGUGACCAUAACUAGCCACGCUCAGCACCACGAGCCCUGUCUGCACUCGGCCAGCACCAGCUUCAGUCUCCCCAUCCCCCUCACGUCUUGUCCCGGAUUCAGCACCAACAUCGUCUCAUUGAAGUGGCGACUCCAUUUUGAAUUUGUCACCUCUCGGGAGCCCGUGGAAGCACCUACUGUUCCUGAGAACCAAUCCGAGAUUAUCACCUGGACGGGGGCUGGACAAAUAGAGGUAGACACCUUUAGCUGGGACCUGCCAAUCAAAGUUCUUCCAACCAAUCCUCUGUUGGCUUCCUAUGUUUCCCCUGCUUUGUCCUCCCAUUCCAUCUGUAUAUAGGGGGGGGGGGCUGCCCCAUGGGACUAUUAAUAUUUGUGUGUAUGUAUAUAUAUAUAUAUAUAUAUUUUAAUAAAGACAUUGGGAUUAUCUGGGCUGUAAGAAUCAGAAGCAAGAUUUAGCAGCACCAUUGGGUGUCAGGAGGGGAGCAGAGGUGGGUGCUGUGCGGAGCUGAGAGACAUCCAAUAGGAAGGUCCAGUAAGCAGAUACAGAGAUGCUCUUCCUAUAGGCCCAGUUGUAUAGGUGGUAUCACUCAGUAUGGGACCCACUGACCCCACAGCAAGUUGCUCCCUAUUCCUUAUUCCUGUCCCCCAGAACCCCUCACUCAUUCACAUCUAUCCCUUGCUCUUCUCUCCCACUGUUAUUAAGGGGGUCCCCUAAAUGGUAACAAAAAAACAAGAAUCAGGUGCUCUGGGUCAUUAUACAGCUAAAUAAAGGGGAUCUGUCACCCUAAACAAUCAUUCCAACUCCUUUCUGAUUGUAUUUGUCAAGCAAAAUAAACUUCCACUAUAGAAAUUA